UUUUAAUAGGAAGUCUCGCGACAUGUGACGUGAUCUCGCAGAAGAAAAGAACCCUUCAUCCGCAGUUGCCUCCCCUCUCUUCAGUCGUUUAACUCGGAAGUUGUGAAAUGGCGUCAACACAGGAUUACAGCUCUUACAAUCAAGCCAACGCCCAGCAGGGUUAUGCGUCUUAUGCUGCCCAGCCCUCACAAAGUUAUGGACAGUCUGGACAGCAAGGCUAUGGUCAGCAGAAUUAUGGAUCUUACAGCCAACCUGCUGCUACCGCUGAUGGCAGUUACACCCAGACAACCCCAGCUGGAGGAGCCUAUCCUCAGCAGCAACAACAGUAUGGUACUUCAUAUGGCCAACCAGCUUCAGCUGGCUAUCCUGCGGCGCAGUCUACCACUCCUAGCUACUCGCAGUCAACUACAGGUUAUGGAACCAGUACUCCAGCUGCUGCUGCUCCAGCUGCUUCACAGUCUUAUGGCUCACAGCCAGGAUAUACUCCUCAAUCUACAUACCCCGGUUAUGGCCAGCAGGCUGCUCCUACCACACCACAGAGUUACAAUGCUAAUGGACAGUCAGCUGCCUACAGUCAAAGUAGCUAUAGCCAGUCUGCAGGGUACGGGCAACAACAGACAGGGUAUCAAGCCCAGCAGGCAAGCUAUGGCCAACCACAGGGUCAGCUGCAGCAACAGGCUCCUCCUUCCUAUCCCCCUCAGGCUGCUAGUGCUUAUGGGCAGCCUUCAGCCAACCAGUAUGGACAACAAGGUGGACCACCUAGUUACAAUCAGAACAACCAUUACAGUAAUUACAGACAGGAUGGUCCAGGUGGAGGUUCUGGGUAUUUUGGUGCCGAGUCUUCAAGGUACCCAGGGUCUGGGGACAGUAGAGGCCCUGGCAGAGAUGGCUUUGAGCGCGGUGAAAUGAUGCGCGGUCAUGGAGGAAUGGGUCGUGGUAUGGGCGGCGCUGGAGACAGAGGUGGCUUCAAUAAGCCUGGUGACCCGAUGAGCAGCGAACGUAAUAUGGGACGCCCUGAAGAGCAGGAUGACUCUGAGAACAACACAGUCUACAUCACUGGUUUGACUGACAAGGUCACUGAGGAGGAAAUGGCUGAAUUCUUUAAACACGUGGGCCCAAUUAGGAUGAACCGCAGACUUGGAAAGCUGGCUAUUAAAAUCAUCAGAGGCGAUGCAGGGACGCCCAAAGGAGAUGCCACUCUGUCCUACGAGGAACCUAUUUGUGCAAAAGCAGCCGUCGAGCACUUUGAUGGGAAGGAGUUCCAGGGCCGCAGGCUGAAAGUCUCCAUGGCACGUCGAAAGCCCCCAAUGGGGGGAAUGAGAGGCAGCAUGCCAAUAAGAGAUGCCAUGAUGGGUCGUGGAGGAAUGAUGGGCCGUGGAGGUGACCGUGGUGGAUUUGUCCCAAGAGGUGGGCCCCGUGGUAUUGGCAGAAGUGGACCCACAGGAGGCAACAUGCAGCAAAGAGCUGGAGACUGGGAAUGUCCUAAUCUGGGUUGUGGUAACCAGAACUUUGCCUGGAGAAUGGAGUGUAACCAGUGCAAAGCCCCCAAACCAGAAGGUCUGGUCGGCGGUCCUCCAUUCCCCCCUGGUGGUGAACGUGGUAGAGGUGGAAUGGGAAUGCGUGGAGGCAGGGGAAUGGAUCGUGGUGGACCAGCUGGAGUUGGAGGGCCAGGCGGCCCCGGGGGUUUCCGUGGAGGUUGGGGAGGUGACCGUGGUGGAUUGCGAGGACGUGGAGGAAUGGAUAGAGGAGGGUUUCGUGGUGCUGGACGUGGCGGGCCCCCCAUGGACCGCAUAGGUGGGAGAGGAAUGGGGCCACCAGGAGGAAAAAUGGAAAUUAGGGACCAUCGCCAGGAGCGCCGAGACCGACCUUACUAAAGAAGGGUGACUUUCCCACUUGUGAAAUUUGAUUUUAAGACAUUCUAUUUAUGAUUCCAUAUUUUGAUGAUUAUUGCUCUGCUGUUAAACAUCCUGUGCAGUUUCAACUUGUAUUUCCAUUUAUUUUUAGCUUUAGUUUACUCCUUUUUAAAAAAAUGUACUGCAGACUAGGUUUAACGCUAUAUUGUAAAAUGCAAUUAUUUUUCAUUUACAAAAUUGCCUCCCCUGUACCAUUGUAGUAUAUCACACAUUUCAGAAAUAAAAUUUAGACUGUUUGAUAUCAGUUAACUUUUUUAAUUAUAAAAAAAAAUCAAGAAAUACUCAAGGAUGAGUUAAUAGAAUGAUCAGGUAUGUGAUCCCAUUGUUUAGUUUGUUUUUAACAUGAUGCAUACUAUAUUUAGGGACAAAGUGGGAUUUGUUUUAAUAAAUGAAUUGCGGUUUUUAAUCUGGUCUCAUUGAAAAUAAACACUGAAGUGCAGCAAA